AUGGUCGUAGGGUUGGACACAGAAUGGAUGUCAAUCUACGUCGAGAAGGAGAAGAGGAAUAAAACCGCAAUCCUUCAACUAUGUGUUGAGGAAAAGUGUCUUAUCUUCCAGUUAAAUCACAUGGACUACAUCCCCAUAGCCCUCCAUAAUUUCAUGACACACCCAGAGUUCAAGCUUGUAGGGGUAGGGGUUCAGCUAGAUACUAAAAUGCUUGAGAAUGAUCAUUGGUUGAUGUGCAACAAGGGCAUAGAUGUAGCCACUUUGGCAAAAAAACAUUGGCCUGGUAGGUUUAGUUCUUCACCAGGACUACAACUUUUGGCAAAGGAGCUGGCAAAUCUUGACAUGAAGAAGCCAAAGGAUGUGCGCAUGAGCAAAUGGGAAUCAAAGGAGUUGACUAAAGUUCAAGUUGAAUAUGCCUGUAUUGAUGCUUUUGCUUCUUACAAGAUCGGUAAAAAGCUCCUAAUCGAUGAAGGACUUGCCUCUACCCUACCAUAA